GCUGUGGCGGUGGACGUCAAGUUGCGGGAGAGGCGCGAGGGGGAUGGCGGGCGAGUCGCGGGCGAUGGCACUGCUCCAUUUUAAGACGACGAGGUCGUCGUCGACUCGGAGUGGAAGCGGGGUCACUUUACUUCACUGACUUACUUAUUGACCAGGGCGGGGCAGGGCUGCGGUGAUGGCAUUGAUGAUAGAGCCCAUCCACCACGCCCUCACGCCCCCUCCGCAUGGAACUAAUAUGGUGGUCGUAGGGUAGUAGAUGAUGGAUGGGUGCAGCUUGGGAGUUUGGUUGGUGUUUCUGCGCCAUGUUGACCAGGUGUCGGCGCAAUCAAUCACCAACUGUUUUGUCGCUGUAGCUUGUGUUUAGAGAGAGAGAGAGAGAGAGAGAGAGAGAGAGGGAGGGCGGGACCAAAUCUUUGGGUAUUCGGUUACUGCACUUCGGGGGGGUGGGGAGAUGGUGAACUUGGUGACAGUAGUGUUGUUGUGUAUGCCGCAUGAGGCUUUCUGAAGGUGGGAGCGGUGGUGUUGGGGAAUUCUGUGAGGGAUGGUGUCGUGCACGUGUAUUUUCGCGUUGGAAUGUUUGAGGGGAGUGGACGAUUCGGUCACGUGUGAGACCUGCAGCAGGAGGAGGUGUUUCCUGAGAAUUCCAGUGCAGCAAGAGGGUGGAGACAUUGGGACGCAGUUGGUGCAGAAUUGGGUGGAUUUUCGCGGUUAAGGGAGUUUCUUUGCGAUGUUGCUCAGCGUUUCUUUGGAUUAUCCUGUGGUUCGCGGUUCUUCAUAUUGUUGUGGCUUGGUUUCUUGUGGAGUGGUGAUUGUUCAGACCGCACCGGGGUUUGUGUGAAUCUCUAGCACUUUGAGUUGGAGUUCAGUACUUUUGGGUUCUUGUUGCUUGUAUCCAUGGCCUGAUUUAGAGAACUGCGCACAUUGUUAUGAGAUGGAGGCUGAGGAGCCAGUUUGAUAUGCAAGACUAGUUAAACUAAUAAUCCACAAUCAGAACCCUUGUAGAACCCAGACACAAGGGCAUAGAUUGAACAGGAACGAAUUGAUAAUUUCUAGAAAUAUGCUGGAGGGAAAUCUUCGUUCUUUUUGUCUCGGGGAGAGAAGGCAGGAAGUGGACGUCCAUCGACAAUGUCAGGAGAAUUCAGUGAUUGCUGAUCACAAGAGUAGAAUUACCGUCAGCAUGGCGACAAGUAGUACAUGCUUCCCUUUAAAACGACCAGGACUUACAUCAUCAUUUUUGUAUCUCGUUCUCUUCGUGAGUUGCUGUCUGGCCUCAGUGAACUGCGGGUCUGGGGCUAUGUUGAAUGGGAGCUCUAUGACAAAGGUCUCUUUUAUGACAAUUGGAAUGGCCAGCAACAGGAGGAAACUUGCGGAAAACUCCACGACCAUGAACUCGACACAAACGUUGCAAGAGGAUGCCGACGUUUUGUUACUAUUCAAGGCGGCCAUAACGAGAGACCCUUAUAAUGUUACACGUUACUGGAAACCCAUAGGCAGGCGUCAGGUGAUAAAUCCUUGCAGACCUUGGGUGGGGAUCACAUGCACAAGAAGAAGGGUAACAGCAAUUAACCUUUACAACCGAAGCCUCCAGGGAAGUCUUAUUUCAGCACUGGGGCGUCUCUCACAGUUGCAAGUUCUCAAUUUGUCCGGGAAUCAGUUCUCGGGUACAAUCCCCUCGGAGCUUGGCUUGGUUUCCUCCUUGCAGAUUCUAGACAUCGGAAGCAACAACCUAACGGAUGCCUUGCCAUCUUCACUCGGAGAUUUAAAGAACCUCACUUCCCUUGAUGCAUCCAACAACAAAUUAACGAGAACAAUCCCAACUUCGAUUGGCAGCCUUUCAACCUUGAGAAAUCUGAAUUUGUCACGAAACAAUUUGUCGGGCACAUUGCCUUCUGCUUUUGGUCAACUAAAUCUCCUAGAGGCCUUAGACAUUGCGCAGAACUAUCUCAAUGGGACGAUACCGCAACAGCUAACGAACUGCACCAAGCUCAGGGAUAUUGAUCUGAGUGACAACGAUCUCCAAGGUGUCAUCCCGUUUCAAAACUUGAAGAAUUUGACUGUACUUCAUCUCCAAAACAAUCUCCUGGAGGGAAACAUCACGAGCAUUACCACGUUUCCUGCAUUGGAAGACCUUGACCUGACAAACAACCGCUUGAGCGGGAGUAUUCCGCAGGCGAUUCGUUCUACUUCGUUGAAGAGGAAUUUUCUAUUAGCGCAGAACGAACUCACAGGUAGCAUUCCAGACAAAAUUGGCGAGUUGAACAUGGUGACGCGGAUUGAUUUUUCUUCGAACAAACUUUCUGGCAGCAUCCCUGAGGCCAUAAGUAACUGCAUCAGUUUAAUUAAGCUCAACGUUGCUAGCAACAGUUUGACGGGGAAGUUCUCCGUGCGGGAUGGAUCAUUACCUAAUUUGACCCAGCUCAACGUUUCUCAUAACAUCCUCCAAGGUUCCCUUCCGACUCUGGAGCACUUGAUUAAUCUCAAGGUCUUCGAUGGAUCUUUCAACAACUUCUCGGGUGCAGUCCCCAGCUCGUUUGUGAAUUUCACCUCACUGCUGUACUUGAACGUUUCAUCGAAUCGUCUGUCAGGCGAACUGCCUCUCAUCAUCAGCCAUGACAGUGUCACAGCGGAAAGCUUCCUCAACAAUUCUGAACUUUGUGGAAGUAUUCUGAACAAAUCAUGCGGCUCGGGUAAGAUCGCAACCAGCACGAUCAUUUACAUCGCGCUCGGGAGUGCGGCAGGUUUGAUAGUGUUAGUGUCAGUACUGUUCUAUGUUAUCGCAUGCUACAAAGGACGGAAAGGGAAGGGAAGCAGGCACUCGGCACAAGUCUCUGCAGAGCUUCAAUUGAAACUCACGUUGGAUGAAAUUUUGACGGCCACGAACCGGUUUAGCGAAGCCAAUUACAUAGGAGCAGGGAAAGUGGGCACUGUUUACAAAGGAGUUCUCCCGGACGAGACUGUAGUCGCAGUGAAGAGGCUUGAAGUUACUUGCGUUGAAGGAAAAGAAGAAGCAGAUAAAGCGUUGGAUGCGGAGCUUGAAGUCCUCGGUCACAUCCGCCACCGAAGUUUGGUGAGAGUUCUAGGUUACUGUUCGACUGUUGAUAUCAAGGCUCUUGUGCUUGAUCAUAUGCCCAACGGCAGCCUAGAAUCUUUGCUGUAUUCUCCGAGGGAUUCGGAAGUGAUUCGAGCUUUCGACUGGACCCUGCGGUUUAAGAUAGCCAUGGAAGUUGCCGAAGGUUUAAGGUUCCUACACCACGAGAGCAGCAACCCAAUUGUGCAUGGCGAUGUGAAGCCUGGAAAUAUCCUUUUCGAUGCGGAAAUGGAGGCCAAGAUCGGUGAUUUUGGAGUGGCGAGAAUUUUGACCCAACAAGGGUUUAGUUCGACAUUGUCCCCUUCAACGCCCGUUACUACUGCGCAUGGCUACAUGCCUCCAGAUAACGAAUUUCCUGCAUAUUUAACAGAGAUCGCAGAAUCAGGAGUUCCGAGCAAGAAGGGCGAUGUCUACAGUUUCGGAAUCAUACUGCUGGAAAUGAUAACUGGAAGGAGUCCAUAUAGACUUGAACCAGGCCAAACCCUGCCUGAAUGGGUCCGUGCAACAGUGUCAAACUCCAAAGCUUUAGAAAACGUCCUUGAUCCCCAACUUAUGACCGAUCUGGCGACACAUCAACAAAAAAUUGCCAUGGUGCUGGGGGUGGCGCUACUUUGCACCCGAAGCAGACCUGAAGAGCGACCUCACAUGGACGACGCCUAUAAAAUGUUGGUUCACAUCCAGACGAAGACUACAGAAGGUGAAAUAAAACAAACGAGUCGGAGGAGGGGGUGGAGCUCUGGAAGACGAAUCUCAAGUGCGGGGCGGAAAUCCAGCGCCAGUGAAGUAAUAGUGGUUACGCAAAAACAACAACAACAACAACAACCCCCACAACAAGCUCUUCCCUACACCCCUUCCCUGUCCGACUGGACUCCACCAAAUAGAGUAUAAUCCAGGAUUGACAAUUCUGUCACACAGCGAGCCAGCUUCGUUCUUCCAUAAAUUGUUUCUCCAACACAAGCUUUUGAACUGAUGAUCAAUAUCGUUUUCUCACCACUUGCUACAUUUAUUCAUCCCACACUCUGCAGGAAGUUGAUUCUACCCAUGUCUUAAAAAUCGGUCAAGAAGAUUAACUGUCCAUGGGAUUGAACUGGCCAUAUUGUUGUGCUUUGCAGAUGAUGAAGCAGUGAUGCUCUGGGUACCCAGAGGUUCGGCAUUGAUGCAAGUUCCUUUUCCUGUUACUUGCUCUCUCCUCCUACAUGGGUCGCAGGGAUGAGCACUCAGAAGAGCUUCUCGUCGACUAGUUUUAGAUUACGUAGUGGAAGUCACGCGAGGAUGCAAGCAAUUGUCUCUAGUUGGGGCAAAGUGAUGGAUUAUUGACUGAUCAGCUAGUGAGAUUAGUUUUUCUUUUUAUAGAAGGAAUUCUUUGUGUGCAGAGCGAGGUUUGAAUUCUUAUUCGGCAGGUGAAGUAGGAUGUGUUGUCCCAGAGAUCAUUGAAGGUCAUCAAAGGAAGAGGUUUCAUAUUCAGAAAAAGAUAAAAAAAAACUAUCGUCUGGCUGCCGGUGUGCAAAGAAUGAAGAUGUGAGCGUAGAAAUUGUAAUUGAAGACCGAAUUCUUGUCCUCAUAUCCAUCAACAUUCUUUACUUGUAGCA